CCGUCCUCGGCUACGGAACUGUUGUCACUGGGUGGCCGUUUCCCAGUCGGCGGAGUGAAAAAGGAAGCGGAGACGAAGGCGGGGAGGGGGCGGUCCUGGCGCGCGCGGCAUUUUGGGAACGCGCGGCCUUGUGGGAGUUCGGGGUCCGCCAUUCGCGCGUCCCACGCCUGCCUGGUGCUGCGCGGUUGUUCCGGCCGCGUCCUGAAGUGAAGGAAGCAGGGGCACGAGGCGGACCCUUCCUGCUGCCAGGAUGUCUAUUGGUGUGCCAAUUAAAGUCCUGCACGAGGCCGAGGGCCACAUCGUGACCUGCGAGACUAACACCGGGGAAGUGUACCGCGGGAAGCUCAUCGAAGCCGAGGACAACAUGAACUGCCAGAUGUCCAACAUCACAGUCACCUACAGAGAUGGCCGCGUGGCGCAGCUGGAGCAGGUGUACAUCCGUGGCAGUAAGAUCCGCUUUCUGAUUUUGCCCGACAUGCUGAAAAAUGCACCCAUGUUGAAGAGCAUGAAAAACAAGAACCAAGGCUCAGGGGCCGGCCGAGGGAAAGCUGCCAUUCUCAAGGCCCAGGUGGCCGCAAGAGGAAGAGGCCGUGGCAUGGGCCGUGGAAACAUCUUCCAGAAGCGAAGAUAACUCCCUGCUGAACAGAACUUUGGCCUUUGUUUUCGUCCAGGUCAUCUGGGUUCAGGGGUGGGUGCUCGAGUGUGUGUGUUCUGGGUUUCCUUUCAGCAUCUUUCUCUUUAGAUCAGGGGAAGUUUGAAACUAAAUAAAUCCGGUUGUUUGGUUUU